AUGGAGAGAAAGACGUCGACGUCGUCCUCUGCAUCUAUACAACCCACGACUCCCAUCUCGCCUCGCCUGUCUCCCAAGGUUCAGCUGGUUCCCUAUGCCCGUACCGCCAGCUUCGACAUUUCUCUGUCGGACGUUGAGCGAGAAUUGUUGGACAAGGCCUCGACAAACUUCGAUGCUCUCGACCUGUCUUCUAAGGACUUUGACUUUGAAGACAUCUUCACGUAUGACAAACCUCAAAAGAAACUUACCAGAGGGGUGGUCGAGGUGUCCAGGCCGACUCGAGACUACCGAGACUGGUCAUCCUUCUCCUUCUCCCACUAUUCGGCAGCUGUGAAUACGAGACAGAAGGUCAACAAACCCAAGGCAGGGAUUGGCGAGUUGUACCUGAAGAACAAGUCGGACGCACACAAAUCUUAA